AAGUAUGGUUCUUCUACAAAAUAAAAAAUUAAAAACACACAUUCUAUGCCUGCUCUUAUCAUAGUGUCAAAAGAGACUUGAGAUAAAAUGGCUUCAUCAUUGCAUCUCUUUACCUUGUCGCGCGUAAUCUUUCUACUCGCAACAUUCUUCCAUUUCAUUGCUAUUAACAGUACCUCCUCUUCCGUUCAGCCACUCUGCCAUGAUAAGGAGAGCUCUGCUUUGAUGCAAUUCAAGCAAAGCUUUUCUAUAAACAAGUCUGCUUCUGGCGAUCCUUCUGCCUAUCCAAAGGUUGCGUCGUGGAAGCUGCCUGAAGGGGAAGGUAGUAAUAGUAGUAGUAGUGAUUGUUGCUCAUGGGAUGGCAUUACAUGUCAUGGGCACACCGGCCAUGUGAUCGGCCUUGACCUCAGCAGCAGCCUUCUGUAUGGUUCUAUCAAUUCAAGCAGCAGCCUCUUUCACCUUGUUCAUCUUCGGAGACUCAACCUCGCAGACAAUGACUUCAAUCAGUCACAAAUCCCAUCUGCUGUUGGACUUCUUUCAAGGUUAACUCAUCUAGAUCUCUCAUUUUCUGCAUUUGAUGGUCAAAUCCCAUUAGAAAUUUCACAACUAAACAAAAUUGUUUCUCUUGAUCUCUCUGAGAAUCCAUUAUUGAAGCUCCAAAAGCCUGGUCUAGCAACUCUGGUUCAGAACUUGACGGACUUGAAAGAACUUCACCUCAGUUACGUCAACAUAUCUUCUGCAGUACCUGGGAUUUUGGCAAAUAUUUCUUCUUUAAUGUCUCUACUGCUCAGAGAUUGUGGAUUGCAUGGUGAAUUUCCAACAGACAUUUUUAACCUACCAAACCUACAGUUUCUUAGCGUUCGUUACAAUCAAGAGCUCAACGGUUAUUUGCCAGAAUUCCACAGGAGUCAUCCACUUCAGUUACUGAUGCUAGCGGGCACAGGCUUUUCCGGGGAGCUGCCAAAUUCAAUUGGAAAUCUCGACUCCUUGAAUACAUUGAACAUCCAAGAAUGCAACUUCUCAGGGUCAAUACCAUCUUCAAUCGGUAAUCUAACACAACUUGAUGAAUUGUAUAUGGGGUCUAAUCAACUAACUGGUCAAAUCCCAUCUAGGCUUAUGAAUCUGACCCAAUUAACAUUGCUGGACCUUUCAAAUAAUUUGUUACAGGGUCCCAUCCCAGAGUCGAUAUCUCAGCUUGUAAAUCUAAAAGCUCUUUCUAUUGGUUCAAACAACCUGAGUGGAAGAGUGAAAUUAGAUUUGUUUUUUACCUUGAAAAAUCUCACUCAACUUCAGCUAUCAGAUACCAGACUAACAUUGCUCCACAAUAGCAAUUAUACCAAUGCCACUCUUCCAAAGUUUUAUCAUCUUGAAUUGGGGUCAUGCAACCUAACUGAAUUCCCAGAUUUCUUGAGAUAUCAAGAUGACUUGCACCAUCUAGACCUCUCAAACAACGGCAUUCAAGGCCUCAUGCCUAAAUGGAUUUGGAACAUGAGCACCGAAACUUUGUCGUCUUUGUACGUAAACCAAAACUUUCUAACUGGCUUUGACAAACCUCCUUCAGUCCUUCCGUGGAGUGGACUAAGGUUUUUACAUCUUGGUUCUAACAUGCUGCACGGAUCACUCCCGAUCCCACCAUCAUCCAGCUAUGUGUAUGAUGCCUCACACAACAAACUAACUGGAGACAUUCCACCAUUGAUUUGCAAUCUCACUUCUCUUUACGCCCUCGAUAUAUCUGACAACAAUUUUAAUAGCAUGAUUCCCCAAUGCUUGGGAAACUUUUCGGAUUAUCUGUUAGUGUUGAAUCUUCGAAUCAAUAGUUUUCAUGGCCCCAUUCCUCAAGUAUACAACAACGGAAGCAGUCUAAAGAUGAUCUAUUUGAGUCAAAACCAAUUACAAGGACCAGUGCCUAGAUCCUUGGUCAAUUGCAAAGGUUUAGAGAUUCUCGAUCUUGGGAACAAUCAUAUUAAUGAUAUUUUUCCCUUUUGGCUUGGAACUGAUCUUCCAGAGUUGAAAGUUCUUAUUUUGGGAUACAAUAGAUUCCACGGUGCAAUACAGAAUCACCCAGCUGAAGAAUCUAGGUCCACAUUGUUCCCCAAGUUGCUCGUCAUUGAUCUCUCUCAUAAUAGUUUUACAGGUAAGUUGCCUUCAGAUUACUUCUGCACUUGGGAAGCCAUGAAAUCUGUUCAUGUUAAACAGUCAAGAUACAUGCAAGCAAGAACGUCAAAGAUAAUUUCUCCCGCAGGAAUUAUGUAUUACGACUAUUCAAUGACACUAACUAACAAAGGUGUGCAAACAAUGUUUUCAAACAUCCUGGAUAUCUUCAUUGCCAUUGAUCUCUCAAGUAACCGAUUCGAUGGAGAAAUUUCAGAGUCUAUUGGGAUUCUCAAGUAUCUUCGCAUGCUCAACCUUUCCAACAACAAUUUUAUUGGUCGCAUCCCAUCUUCCUUGGGGAAUAUAACAGAGCUUGAAUCAUUAGAUCUUUCUAGAAAUAAGCUCUCAGGAGAGAUACCCGAGCAGCUAACCCUGCUCACAUUCCUUGAAGUCUUCGACAUCUCUCAUAAUCAUCUCAUUGGUCCUAUUCCACAAGGGAGGCAAUUUGAUACAUUUGAAAACAGCUCAUAUGAGGGGAAUUCGGGAUUGUGUGGAGACCCUUUGUCGAUAAAAUGUGGCAAUUUAGAAGCAUCACCACCACCACCUUCAAAAUUCAAGCAAGGUGGUGAUGAUGGUGAUUCAUGGUUUCCAAUUGAUAGAAAUGAUUGGAUUGUGAUAUGCAUGGGCUAUGGAGGUGGGUUAGUAGAUGGGCUGAUCAUUGGGCAUAUUCUGACCACCAGAUAUCAUGAAUGGUUUGUCAGCACCUUCGGAAGAAACCAAAAGAAUCAGAGAAGGAAGAAGAAGAGCGGUCGACAAAGAAGCUAAAUCAAGGAAACAAUUUCAGAUCGAGCAUGGAAUUUACACCAGGUAUCAAGUCUCUGUCAAAGGUAAUAAUUAAGGUUUGUCUUCAAUAUAUUUUGUAUAAUAAAAUUUCGCUUCAUUGCUUGUGUGGUCCACUGGUACACAUUCUCCAGGUCCGUUUCCUCUAGGACGUACUAUUCGCAACUUCAAAAAAAAAACAAGGCAUGUUAAUUGUGUUCGUUUUUUUUUUUUUUUUUUCGUAAGUAUGUUCUAAUGUUUUGUAUUAGUUUUUCCAUUAAAAUCUACUAGCAAUGUUAUAUUCUUACAAUUAUGUCUA